UCGUUCAUUCGGUUUUCGUCAUUUAAAGCGGUCGUUUUGUCCGCUGGAGUAUUCCAAAAGAGGAGUAAAACUUUCUAAAUUUUGUGUAGAAAGUGCAGCAAUACAAAUCAUAAGUUUAGUUACCUGCCGAUCGUAAUAAAAUAAGUCAAACACAAUGGGAAUCAAAUUCCUGGAAGUUAUCAAACCCUUCUGCAGUAUACUGCCAGAAAUUGCAAAGCCCGAGCGCAAGAUCCAAUUCAGAGAAAAAGUACUAUGGACUGCCAUCACGCUGUUCAUUUUCCUGGUGUGCUGUCAAAUUCCCUUGUUCGGCAUCAUGAGCUCCGACUCGGCGGAUCCCUUCUACUGGAUUCGUGUGAUUCUCGCCUCGAAUCGUGGUACACUUAUGGAGUUGGGUAUUUCGCCAAUUGUGACAUCUGGUUUGAUUAUGCAGCUGUUGGCUGGCGCCAAGAUCAUUGAGGUCGGUGAUACGCCCAAGGAUCGUGCUCUGUUCAAUGGUGCCCAGAAGCUGUUCGGCAUGGUCAUUACAAUUGGCCAGGCUAUUGUCUAUGUGAUGACUGGCAUGUACGGUGAUCCAUCGGAAAUUGGCGCUGGCGUUUGUCUGCUGAUUAUCAUUCAAUUGUUUGCUGCCGGUUUAAUUGUUCUCCUGCUCGAUGAACUGCUCCAGAAGGGCUAUGGCCUUGGCUCCGGUAUUUCGCUGUUCAUUGCGACCAACAUUUGUGAGACGAUCGUGUGGAAGGCGUUCUCGCCCACCACUGUGACAACCGGACGUGGCACCGAGUUCGAGGGCGCUGUGAUUGCCCUCUUCCAUCUGAUGGCCACUCGCAACGACAAAGUGCGCGCCCUGCGUGAGGCAUUCUAUCGCCAGAAUCUGCCCAAUCUGAUGAACCUGUUGGCCACCAUUUUGGUGUUUGCCGUUGUUAUCUACUUCCAAGGUUUCCGUGUCGAUUUGCCCAUCAAGAGCGCCCGCUAUCGCGGCCAGUACAGCAGCUAUCCCAUCAAGCUGUUCUACACUUCCAACAUUCCCAUCAUUCUGCAGUCUGCUCUCGUUUCCAACUUGUACGUCAUCUCACAGAUGUUGGCCGUUAAGUUCCAGGGUAACUUCUUCAUCAACUUGCUAGGUGUUUGGGCCGAUGUUGGAGGCGGCGGCCCAGCCCGCUCGUAUCCCAUUGGCGGUCUCUGCUAUUACCUGUCGCCGCCUGAGAGUGUCGGUCACAUUCUGACCGAUCCAAUUCACGCGCUGCUCUACAUUGUGUUCAUGUUGGGCUCCUGUGCAUUCUUCUCCAAGACAUGGAUCGAUGUCUCUGGCAGCUCAGCCAAGGAUGUUGCCAAGCAGCUGAAGGAACAGCAUAUGGUGAUGCGUGGACAUCGCGAGAAUUCGAUGAUUCAUGAACUAAAUCGUUAUAUCCCAACGGCUGCUGCAUUCGGUGGUCUGUGUAUUGGCGCACUAUCUGUUAUGGCCGAUUUCCUGGGUGCCAUCGGCUCCGGCACGGGUAUCCUGCUGGCCGUGACGAUCAUCUAUCAGUACUUUGAGAUUUUCGUUAAGGAACAAUCCGAAAUGGGUGGCAUGGGCACGCUGCUGUUCUAAGCAGUCAACUUUCAACAGAAUUACAACAGUAACAGCAAACAAUACUUCAUCAUACUUCUCACAUGCCUGCUCGCUGCGUCCUCCCAUCUAAACAAAUUAAUUUGUUUUUUGUACGGUUCCAAAACUUCCACAAUAUCGCAUAAUUUUUAAGGCUGUUUAUUUGUCGAUUUGCAGGCUGGGCAUAAAUAAUUAUUUGUGUUAAAUGCGACAAGAACUUUAAUUUGAAUAGUUUUUUUUUAGUUUGUAUUCAAAUGUGAGACUUUAUUGCUUAAGUUCAAUAUUUCACUGAAUUGAUUGAAUUUCAAUGCGAUUUAUUGUUUUAACCAAGUGUAAAAAUUUAAAUUAGAUCAUUGAUUACACUUGAAAUUAUUAAAAACCAUGAAUAAUAUGAGUACAUAAAACGAACAUUAAAAUCACGCAACAUACAUACAAAUUGUCAUAAUAAAACGUAAAUUAGAUAACAUUUUUUAAUUCAA